AUGAAACCACAAGACUCUUUUGCAGAAGUAUCACACUUGAAGUGCUACGUACCUAUGGCUCAAUAUACCGUCAGAUGCUUUCAGUACUUCGGGGAGGAUGAACUCCAGAGAGCCAAAAGAAAUGAGAAGGAACAAAACAGUCAGGGUCAUGUUGAGGUUCUGAACUUGCAUUCAGACUUUAAAGUGUUUUGCAGAUCAAAUCACCAUGCUAUCAGUCUACCUAAAUCCCAUACUACUAGGCUGACCAGAAUGGGUUAUAAUCUUUGUAACCUAAUAUCACUUAGUAGAUAUUCCUUGUUGGUGUUCCUUUUAACUAACUUGAAUGUUCUUGGUCUUCUGACUGCUGACUGUAAUUGGGAAUUUGGUCUGUUGAGAUCUUUUGACUUCUGUGCUACAAUCGCCAAUUCUGGGGUGGUGGUUUCAUGGCACCUGUUACACAGAUUGUAUGAUGAUACAUGUAUGUGCAGCAGUGAAGAUUCUGUGAGUAAGUUUCAGUUCUUGGAGGAGUCAUGCAGACCAGCCAAGUUGGAAUGUCAAUUGGUUGGCUCCAGUAAAGUGGGACUUGGUUCCAGAAGUUCUUCAAGAAAUCAAGUGAUCAUUCUAUUGCUGGCCAACCUGAAUUCAAUUUUGUUGUUGCUGCUUUCAAUUGAUCUUCAGCAGUGUGGAAGAAAGCAACAGUGCAUUCAGUGUUUACUGAUAGCUACUAGCAUCAUGGGAGUGGUGGCAGUAUUGCACUCUGAGACUCUGCCAUUUGACUGCAAUGACAUUAAGCAUAUGACUGAGAAAGAUGUGUAUGAUCUACCAUCAAACGAAGAGGACAUACUUGGAGAAGAAUCAAGUCAAUUAACAGAUCACAAAAAGAUCAGUAAUUUGCGAGAGAGAGGAUAUAUGGAAUAUGGAUGUCAACAUUACCGCAGAAGAUGCCGUAUUAGGGCCCCCUGUUGCAAUGAGGUUUUUGAUUGCCGCCAUUGUCACAAUGAGGCAAAAAAUAAUAUCAACAUUGAUCAGAAGCUUAGACACGAUAUUCCCCGCCAUCAAGUUAAACAGGUUAUAUGUUCACUUUGUGGGACCGAACAAGAGGUUCAGCAAAACUGCAUUAACUGUGGUGUUUGUAUGGGCAAGUACUUCUGUGGGACAUGUAAGCUCUUUGAUGAUGAUGUAUCUAAGCAGCAAUAUCAUUGCAGUGGCUGUGGAAUAUGCAGAACUGGAGGAUAUGAAAAUUUCUUCCACUGCUACAAAUGUGGUUGUUGCUAUCCAACUCAGCUGAAAAACAGUCACCCUUGCGUAGAAGGGGCAAUGCAUCAUGAUUGCCCCAUUUGUUUCGAGUAUUUGUUUGAAUCUGUGAAUGAUGUCACUGUUUUGCUCUGUGGACAUACAAUACAUAAGAUCUGCCUGAAGGAAAUGAGGGAACAUCUCCAGUAUACAUGCCCUCUCUGCUCUAAGUCAGUUUAUGACAUGUCAAAGAUUUGGGAGAAAUUUGACUUGGAGAUUGCUGCUACACCAAUGCCUGAACCAUAUCAAAACAAAAUGGUUUGGAUCCUUUGCAAUGAUUGUGGUAAAAGUUCUCACGUCCAGUUCCAUCUUGUUGCUCAAAAGUGCUUAAACUGCAAAUCCUACAACACACGACAAACAUGA